AUGCCAAGAACCAAAGACCGCAUGCGAGAGCAAUGGGAGAAGUGUCACGAAGCCCAAGAAGUCCUCCGCCAAAUAGAGAUACAAGACGUGGUGUCAGCUCUUGGUAUUGAUGAACUACAAGCAGCGGAACUCCAAGGAUGCAUCUUUACCCUGCUGGCAACCGGCCCGACAUCUCUCUGCUUCGCGGCCGAGAGGAUGGUGAUUCGAUUGGCCAAAGAACGCUGGCCAGACCUGCUCUGUUGGGACGAGAUACCCAGCAUCUGGCUCACAGAGGCAAUACACGAAUGCGUCGAGCAUGUCAAGCGAGGGGGCAAUCUUGUCAAAGAAGUGAGGGGCUCGAGGGGACAGUUAGACGCAGAGCAAGACUCUGAGACGGCUUCACAGCCUGUCUCUGCUGAUAAACAUGUGAUGGACCAGCAGCAGGAGGAUAUGGAUCUUCAUGACUCGAUUGAGACAUCGUCAGCAACUGUGUCGGGCAAUGACCAAGCGGGUGCUUUCCUCAAUUCGCUCUCAAAGGACUCUGAACAGACAGCUGAGGAACAAAAUGAUAAUUCCGGAGACGAGUUCGAGCCCAUGCUGGGUGUAGAUUACACAUCCAAUUCCCAUCAGGAUAUACAGCUGCAAGGCGAUAAACCAGCCUCGGUGGUCGUUUUCACACCAACGAAGCAAGUUAUCGACCAAGAACCAUUGAUUAGCUCGGCGCCGACCAUAUCAGGCCGUGACAGCCGCUAUCAUAUAUCCCCUUUCGAUACAAGCUCCCCUGGCCUCUUCGUUACGCCAGAGAGGGAGUUCAUGACUAAUGGGUCAGCAGCUGAAGUUUCUAUGCAAGGACGCUCGCUGGAUGUUGACAUAACGGCUUCUGAGGGAAGAGAUGAGGAACUCGACCAGGUGAACCCAAAGACGGAAACCAGACUGCCCCCAGAGGGCAGGCAUGCCAAAGUCAUCCUCGACUGCAAGUUCGACAAAGGCCUUAAUCGCCAAAUGUACCUAGUCAGGUGGGCCGGCCAGCCAGAGACGGAAGACUCCUGGGAGCUGAUAGAGCACCUAACUGAGGACAUAGAGCUUGUGGUUGAGUACAAAAAGGAGCAAUCAACCAAGCAAAGCUACAGCCUCGAGAAUGGGAUUGCCGACGCCGGUACAGCUCGUGCUCAUACUGUCAAUAGGGCGCCAUCACCGAAGACCACCAGCAAGGUUACUCCGGCAAAUCAUGUGCUUUUAAGAAUGCUGGGAAAGUCGAGCAAGGGUGCCAGAGAAGGCAAACGCCCUGAAACCAUCUCUGGAGCUGGCAAAGAAAUCAUCACUUCAUCACAGACACCAAGUGCACCACCUGGAGACGAAGACGGGCCUAUCAACAAUCUUUUCUCUCCGGAUGCGGAGGUCUCGUUAGCGCAGCCGGAAACAGGCCCGCAUGGCAAUGAAACACUCGCCGUCGACAUCAUCAACCCGGCUAUGCCGGCACCAAGCAGCACAAGUUCACAAUCUCACCUGCUCCUCGCAAAUGGUCCAUUCACGUCAAGGAAAACCACGCUACCCACCGCCGUGACAAAAACACCCUCUCCAAAGUCGAAUGAUCAUGGUAGAAGCGCCUCGCCCACUCCAUCAGGUGCGCCAUUGCACAAGCCGAGACUGUUCGCUUUCCCUAUGUUUGGUCCUGGAUGGAAAAAGCUUGGCAAGACGAACCAGGCUCAUCCACAAAGUUCAUCUCCGAGCCCAGCCCUGGCAGAUCCGCGAGGAGCUGCGCCCUCAGGUGGCGACGUUGAGAUCGGUGCUGGUGGCCGUAGUAACGAAGCCUACGACGAGACAUCUGGGUCCGUGAGACCUGCAAGCAUAGAUCGAGUUUUGCGAGGUAGCUCAGACAGAAAGCCCCAGGAAACGACCGAGUCUGGUCCAUUCAGACAUAUCAAGUUUGCCAAACCCGCCAAAAAGACAGCGUCAGGUCGCAACAAAACCCAGCUGGUGGAGAAAUCCUCCCGCAAGCAACCAUCUCUCCUUGGAACUUCAUCGCCGAGCAGCUUGGCCACUGUUAAUGAAACGGCUUGCCAACCAGCCACACUGACAAUCAAGCCUGGGGGUGCGAGGAAAAUAACCGAGUAUCGAGCAAAUGAGCUUCCUGAAAAGCCACAGAAGGCAUAUCCCACAACGAUACACAAGAUGGUCAAGCCUGUUCCGACACUUCAGCAAACGCAACAGACCCCCCGAAGAAAGGUUGUCAAUCUCAAGACGGGAGAGGUCACCUACUUAGAUCAGCCAAGAAAGCCAGACGCGCAGCCUAGUCGCGCAGGCAACUUAGUAUCAACACCGCCGUCGACGGGCACCAAGCUCCAGGCUGGCCUCGAACGGCGAGCCGCAGCGAAUUCCCCAGCGCAAUGGCCGUCUACCCCAGGAACGAACCAAGCCGGAGCGAAGCGCAAACGUGGUGGCGAUGACCUCUCACUGGCUACGCACGCAGCCAAAAGAACCAACCUCUAUGGGCCCUGAUGGAAUUGGAUCUUGGGCCUGGCAACUCAGGAAUAGUUUCGCCAGCUGCCAGCUGCCAGCUGCAUGGGCGAACAACUGCUUCACGCGCCUCUCCGUCCAUAAGCUAGUCAAGGU